AUGGCCAAGUCAACCACGGCGGAGAGUGCCGCGGCAGCGAUGGCGGCGCGCGUGUUGACGGAGGAAGGGCUGGUGCUCCAUAGCGCCAAGAUGGCCAGCUGCAGGCCCAAGAGAGUGCAUAGAGGAGCCUUGGCCGAGAUCAGCAACGCGUCAGUAUUGUGCUACGAGGAGGAUGGAAUGACCCACGAGCUUGGUCCAUAG